AAAACCAUCGGCCGAAGGGCACGCCCCCACUCGCACGCACGCAUCAACGCACGCUCGCGCGAGCGGCGUGAAAUCUACGGCUGAAUCCUUCGAUUACCUGCCGCCCCCCUCGAUCACGCCUCGAGAGGCGGAAGAGCUCCGCGGCGAGGAAUCGGUUCCCCUCCCCCUCCCCGCAGAGACGUGCAUGUCCGGAGCUCGCCGGAGUCGGAAUGCCCUGGUGCCCCGGAAUCGGGCCGCGGGUGCGCUCCUUCCUGCGCGACUACGACGCGCUCCAGUCCCUCGCCCUCGCCCUCAUCUACCUCCAGAUUGGUUGUGCGCUAAUUGGAUCACUCGGGGCACUGUUCAAUGGGGUUCUUGUGAUAAACCUUGUGAUAGGGCUAUUUGCUGUUGUUGCGAUUGAGAGUAGUAGCCAGAGACUUGGCCGGACUUACGCUGUCCUUCUCUUCUUCGCUAUCAUCCUUGAUGUUGCAUGGUUUAUACUCUUCUCACGUGAUAUAUGGAAUUGUACCCCUGAUGAGAAGUAUGGUCAACUUUUUGUCUUCUCGCUCAGACUAGCAUUGUGGAUGCAAAUUAUUGGGUUUUCAGUGAGGUUUUUGUCUUCAUUCAUAUGGAUCCAGAUGUAUAGUUUAGGGGUCUCAUCAAGCACCCCAAUGUAUUAUGAAGCAAAUGAUGCAAGAAAUAGUUUCUUGAGCCCCCGAUCUAAUUCAGUUAGACGGAGUUCCAUGGCUGAUGAUAUAUUGGGUGGUUCAAUUUAUGAUCCUUCUUACUAUUCUUCUCUUUUUGAGGAUGUUCGAAACAAUACAUGCAACCAUCAGGUGUGGGUGAUAAACAAUGUGGUAGUAAUGAUAGCAGUUCAACGUCUGCAGGCCAGUCUCCACGACUUAAAACUUUUGGUUGAGGCUGGACUAAGAAGACCCCUGAUCUCAUGCUCAGUGGAGACAAGUUGAAGAUGAAACUUACUUUUACCAACUUGACUAUCUGAGUUCUCUUUGAAGCUCAUGCAGCCGUUGCUCUUGUUGAAUUAGACAGAGAUUUGUACAGUGUAAAGGUUCAUGCCUUGGAUGGUGAACAAGAGCAGCAAGAUAUUACGACAGGCCGUUGCAUGUGCUGUUGUGCAUUUCUUGAACUUGGACAAGAGUUUUGGUGUCAAUCUGGAGGCUUGUUUUGCUCGGGGCAUGGUCAAGCUAGAAGGCUUCCCGAAGCGCAGUGAAUGCUUAUACACCACUGACUGGUUCAAGGCGCAUGGAAUAUUUCGCUGCUCGGUAUAUGUUCCAUUUCCCAGACAUUUGUAUUGCCUUUAGUUGCCAAAGAAAUGAGGCUCCUAGUUUAGUCGCUGAGUAAAUUCCAAAAAACCGCAAGUUGGAAAAACUACCAAUAUCCAUCAAAGUUGCAAAAAGCCACUGGAAUUAACAUGUGCACUGAUUGUUGACUUUUAGUCAUGUUAACGAUGUUUCUGAUAUGUACGCAAAAAAGUAUAUGUUUCUGAUAGUAGGUCCCACUGCCAGGGUAUUGUGGCAAGACGAA